CCGCCCCCGCCGCCGGCGGGACGGCCGCGCAGGCGCAGUCCCUUCUGGUGUGGACCCGGAGGCCCGGCCCGGCGGUAAAUAACAGAUGCGGGUGAAAGAGCCUUCCAAAGUUUUAUCUGAGAAAGCCAAAAGAAGUAAAAGGCCGACAAUACCUCAUGAUGAAGACUCUUCAGAUGACAUUGCUGUAGGUUUCACUUGCCAACAUGUAAGUCAUGCUGUCAGUGUGAAUCAUGUGAAAAAAGCAAUAGCUGAGAAUCUGUGGUCAGCUUGCUCAGAAUGUUUAAAAGAAAGAAGAUUCCAUGAUGGACAGCCAGUACUUUCUUCUGAGAUUUGGUUGUGCCUCAAGUGUGGUUUUCAGGGAUGUGGUAAAAACUCAGAAAGCCAGCAUUCGUUGAAGCACUUCAAGAGUUGGAGAACAGAGCUUCACUGUAUUAUAAUUAGUCUGAGCUCAUGGAUUAUAUGGUGUUACGAGUGUGAUGAAAAAUUAUCAACACAUUGUCAUAAGAAGGUUUUGGCUCAGAUAGUUGAUUUUCUCCAGAAACAUGUUUCCAAAACGCAAACAAAUGCAUUUUCUAGAAUUAUAAAACUUUGUGAAGAAAAACAUGAAACAGAUGAAAAAAAGAAGGGAAAAAAAGGCAACAGUGUAACAUCUGUGAAAGGAAUUACGAAUUUAGGAAAUACUUGCUUUUUUAAUGCAGUUAUGCAGAACUUGGCACAGUCUUAUAUUCUUAUUGAACUGAUGAAUGAGAUCAAAGAAAAUGGUACAAUACUCAAGAUUUUCCCUUCCUCAGACUCUCAGAUGGAUCCAUUAAUGGUGGAACUUUCAAGCCCUGGACCAUUGACCUCAGCCUUGGUCCUGUUUCUUCACAGCAUGAAGGAAACUGACAAAGGAUCGCUGUCUCCUAAAGCUCUCUUCAAUCAGCUUUGUCAAAAGGCCCCUCGAUUUAAAGAUUUUCAGCAACAGGACAGUCAGGAGCUCCUGCAUUAUCUGUUGGACUCAGUGAGGACUGAAGAAACAAAGAGAAUACAAGCUAGCAUUCUAAAAGCAUUUAACAACCCAACAACUAAAACUGCUGAUGAUGAAACUAGGAAAAAAGUCAAAGCAUAUGGAAGCGAAGGUGUGAAAAUGAACUUCAUAGAUCGGAUCUUUAUUGGUGAAUUAACUAGCACCCUCAUGUGUGAAGAAUGUGCAAAUAUCUCCACGGUGAAAGAUCCUUUCAUUGAUAUUUCACUUCCUAUUAUAGAAGAAAGGGUUUCAAAGCCUGUACUUUGGGGAAGAAUCAAUAAAUAUAGAAGUUUACAGGAGACACAGAAUGGCCAAUAUAGUGGCCCUGUUACUAUAGAAAAUACUCACCAACCCAGAGCUACCAGGAAGCAGUCUCCAUCUAAAGAUAAGAAUCAGCUAAUUCAUGGCAGAAAACGUGCAAGGAAAUUUUCAUCUGGAGAAGAUAAAACUGUUGACAUGUACCGGAAAAAUGGAAACAUGGAAGUGAAUGGGGAUUCUUCUGCAUUUGCAAGCAUCAUGAAUACUGAAUCGAAUCUGGCUGAAAACCCUACCGAUGGUAGUGAGAAGGAAGCCAGCCGUUGUGAAAGUGGUGUUGAUGCUGACAGUGAGGCUUCAGAACCUGAAAGUGCUUCUAAGCAAACUCUGUUGCCAAGAUCCCGUAGUGGAUGCUAUGUGCACACAAAUGGACAUCACCAUCCAUCAGCAAGAGAACUGCCCACCAAGAAGACUGAUAGUGGUGUUGAAGGAGUGGCUGAAGCUAUUUCUGAACUUCAUUUAAGCAGCACUGUAACUGGAGAUAGAGAUUUUGAUGGAGAAAAUCGGCCACUAAGUCUUUCAAAUAAUUUAUAUUUUUCAGAGGAGAAGCAUACGAUGUCUCACAGUCCACAAAAUGCUUUUCAGACCCUUUCUCAGAGCUAUAUAACUACUUCUAAAGAAUGCUCAAUUCAGUCUUGCCUCUACCAGUUUACAUCUAUGGAGUUAUUAAUGGGAAAUAACAAACUUCUAUGUGAGAAUUGUACUGAAAAGAAACAGAAGUACCAAAGGGAAACCAGUUCUGCAGAAAAGAAAGCAGAAGGGAUUUAUACUAAUGCCAGGAAGCAGUUGCUUAUUUCUGCUGUUCCAGUUAUCCUAAUACUCCACCUUAAAAGAUUCCAUCAGGCUGGAUCAAGUCUUCGCAAAGUAAACAGACAUGUAGAUUUUCCACUUAUACUUGAUUUAGCACCAUUCUGUUCUGCUACUUGUAAGAAUGUAAGUGCGGGAGAGGAAGUUCUCUAUGGCCUGUACGGCAUAGUGGAACAUAGCGGCUCAAUGCGAGGAGGCCACUACACUGCAUAUGUGAAAGUGAGAACGCCCUCCAGGAAGUUAUUGGAACAGAUCACUGGAAAGAAAAGUGUACCUGGUUUGAAAGAACCGGAUAGUGAAUCGCCAGGCCAGUGGGUCCAUGUCAGUGACACUUAUGUGCAGGAGGUUCCAGAAUCAAGAGCACUUAGUGCACAAGCGUACCUUCUUUUUUAUGAAAGAAUAUUUUAAUUAGUUGUUAAUUAUUAAGGUUAAUGAUUAUUUGGAUCACUUUUAUUUAAAUGCUGCAAUGAUAGCUAUAAUAUGCAAUGUGCCUUUGUGGUCUAUUCUCUCCUGUAGGAAUAGCAUGUCCCUCAAAUGCUCCUGAACAUUUUUACCAUUUGGGUGAAUCCUUUUAAAGUAACUUCAAUUUAGUCAGUGCUUUCAAAUUUAUAUUUUUUAAAUAAACGUAAACACAUGUUUUAAAAUGUUUGUCCUGGAACAAAACUAGAAUUUACAGUAGUAGAGGAAACUCCUUUAUGAUGUGGCAUAUUAUUACAAGCAUUCAGAAAUGAUGCUGGCUAAAUCAGAUCCUUCCUUAAAACUUAUCCAGCCCUGACCGGGUGCUCAGUGGGCUGGAGCAUCAUCCCAUACACCACAAGACUGUGGGUUCGAUCCCUGUUUGGGGUGCGUACCAGAGGCAGCCGAUCAAUGUUUAUUUCUCUUUCUCUCCCUUUCUCUCUCAAUCAAUAAAAAACACAUUAAUAACAAAACGAAACAGUGUUAGCCAAAUGGGAGUCACAUACCACCUUUCUGAUAUAUAUAUAUGUAUCUCUUGUGCCGUCAUUUACUUAUAAUUUUUAACCUUAGUUUUUAACUAUAGCCCCGUUUAUGUGCUAGUUGUAUUUUCUCUAAUAAACCUUAAAAUAAAUAUAUAACUAUUAAAGAAAAAUUGUUCAUUCCUGUAGCAAUUCACUCAAAAUCAUCUCAGGACUAUCCAGUGGUAUAUGUAUGCUGCUGUAUGGGAAACAUUGCUAUCACAUACAUUUAUACAGUUGGCAUAGUGAUCUUGUCAUAUUUUGUAUGGUUUCAGACAUAUAAAAAGGUAUUGCUGUAACUUCAGUAAUAUGGAUUUGCAAUCAAUAUAUUGAUUAGCUUAUUGCUUUGCUGUUUUGAGAACUAGAAAAAUAUUGAAAUAUUUCAUCAACAUAUUAUUUGUAACCUACUCAUAGUGGAGUUGCAAGUGAUUAGGCAAGGUAAAAGUAUAAUUAUAGAUAAUUGUUACAUUCAGAAUUGAUAAAUAGAAGUUGUUAAUCCAUACGAGACCAUAGGAUAUCUUUGAAAUAUCAAUUACCUAAUUAAAUUUGUAAAUGAUAAUUAUAUUCUAUUAUACUUAACAGGGUAGAAAAUACCUGUAUAAUUCUAGAUCAGUAAAUACAAAUCAUGGUAUUAGGGUUUUGCGAUCACUUUGUAUUCAGCAAACAUCAUUAAUAAGUUCAAGUGAGUUUAGCUUUUAUUUUAAUGGGGCAUGAAGUUGGCAUUUCUGAUUUUCUUUUUAAAUAAUUAAAUAAUAGUAAAGAUAUGAUAGUUUUCCCCCUAGAAUACAAAUUAUUAAGCUGUCAAAACUUGGCAUGAAAAUAUUUCUACUGCUUGGCUUAAAUUUUAAAAAAUAAUUGCUAUUUUGGUGUCACUUGAUUGAGUCAGAAUACAUAAUUGCAUGGUUCAAGCAUCCUAGUCAUUAGUGCCAACAGACGAUGCUACAGGAAGGUGCUGGAUAAGUGCCUACUCCCAGUUCUCCUUUUGGGAAGUAAGGAAAAGAAUAGUGGCUGGAGAUCAUUGUGGAACUAUUUAACCACGACUUUGGUUCUUUUUAAUGUGCGAGUAUAUAACAUUAUCAGGGUUACCAGUGCUGCCUUUUGAUACAUGGAUGAAUGGAAUUGUGAUAAUGUACAAAAUGCAGAACUUAAAAAAGUGUCAUGGCACAAAUUCUAUUUUUAAGCUGUUGCAAUUUUAAUAGUAGUAUUUUUCUUGAUUUUUAACAGUAAAAUGAUGGAAAAAUAUAUAUGUUAAUCUGAAAACUCAGGUUGUUUGUCUUAUAAAAGGUAGUUUAAACAGUGUUUAAAUUAGUAUUUCUGUUUAAUUGUAAUCCGUUAACAUUGAAAACAUCAGUAGCAGAGCAGUGCAUUUUUUUGAGAAAUACUAGUGAAAUCUCUAUUCAUGUCAGCCAACUUGGUAAUGACAAUUACCAUCCACUCCCCCAAAUGUAAAUAUUGUCACCUCAUUUUGCUCCUAGAAACGAUACUACGAAGAGGCAUGUACUUUUCAUUGGAUGGUCACCUGCUUCUUGUAUCAUUGAUAGAAGAAAGAGAGAGAGAGAGGGAAGCACGAAGGAAGGGAGAGAAGAAAGGGAAGGGAAUGAAAGGAAAGGAAGAAAGGGGAGAGGAAAGGAAGGAAGGAGAGAGAGCAUUCUUUUCUGUUGCCUUUUGGCUUAUCCCUUAUGCAGCUAAAGUCAGAGAUGGUGAGUGACAGUUAAGGCCCAGAAUCAAGGCAAGUGCCUACUCCCUCCUUUCAUUGACAGGAUGCCAGAAAAUGCAUCAGUGCUGUAUUUAUCAAAUGGAUAUUUUAAGCUUUAUUCUGAGUACCAGUGAAAACUGAUUCUUCGUUCAGUGAGUGAUACAUUGUAGCUUCAGAACAUUACUUCCGUACCGAAGUAUUGCAGUUUUUAUGCUUAACUUCACAUUUAUUCAUUAUGUAUAUAUUUAUUGAACAUCCACUAUGGGUCAAGCACCUCGCUGACACUAUUUUAACAUGUUUUAAAAUGGAGAGACCUAUGUAAGUUUUAGACAUUAUCCCGUAAGUAACAUACAAAUAGAAUACUUUUAUUUCCAUUUCCAUAAUGUUAAAUGAGCUAAUUCUAAAAUCUACUUAUUUUAUGGUCUAGAAUUUAUGAAUGCUUUUCCAGGUCUGUUGAUAAUGGAAUAAAUUUAAUUUUGAAACCUAAGAAUUUUCGAAUUAUAGCUCUUGUAACAAGACAAAGUAUUUUAAGUUACACAUGGGUCUGAAUUAACAUUUUUGUUCUUAUUUUGAAUAUUUCCAAAGCACAUUUGUAGGGGUACAAAAUUAUGAAGCUACUAAAAUAACGAGUUUCCAGAUGACCUCAGGAAACAGUACAAAUAAGUAAGAAUGUUUACAGAUCUUCAAAACACCAACCAUAAGUGCUUGGCCAAAUGAAUUUAAAAAGUUAAACAGAAAUUUUACUAGCUUUACUUAGAAACUGGUUUAGAAGGUAUGUCUAAUCCCAGUGUUCCCUGUUUUUUCCCUAUUUAAAAUAAAAUUUCGAUUGUGCCAAUUAUGUGAAUAUUUUUGACAUAACCAUGUAUGUGUCUAUAUUUAAGAUUUUGUCAUUUAAUAUUUUUAAACCUGAUGUGAAGACCACCUUUUGGGUGGCUAAAGAGAGUGGUAGAUGGUGUCAGUUGAUACCUGUUUUAUUUUAAAUGUGCCAACAGAGCUAUUUUGCAAUAUAAUAUUUAAUAGCUCUUAGCUUGCAUGUGAUUUUACUCAGUGAUUUUAUACAAUAGCUAAAUAAAAUUUCCUGAAGAUUAAGCUGUAUAAUGUAUCACUUUCAUCUAAUUUUUGUAGUAUAAAAUAACAUCCUGCCUACUUUCCUUAAAUUCAUAUUCAUAAUUUAUUUAUCUGCAUGUUACCUGAUAUAUAAGCCUAAACCAAAUAUGUUAUGUGCAAUAAAAUUGAGCAUCUAUAUAUAGUGUAUAAAGAAAGACUAUUUUUAGAUAUUUAAAAUGUUUUGGUUAAUGUGAAAAUUCAUCAAUUCAAAUCUAUUUAAAAGAUAGAUAACUAUAUUUUUAAUUUUGAGUAGCAUUGGGUAAUAUAUCAUUCCUACGGUUUUAUUUUUUUUUUUGCAGUGUUUUUAGAAAAUAAAUAACUUAUUGAGUAUUAUUUUGAUGUUCCUGUAUAAACAUGCAUAAUAAAUAUUAAAUUCUUAUUUACUUUAUACUUCAA